UCUGGGCGGUACCUUGCUCUGGCUGCCUAAGGCGGCCUGCUCAUCGUCUUACAUAUUUGCCCUCCCAGAGUUGCAAGCGCCGGGAGGAAGGCGUCCAAAAAUUAGCCUAGAGAAACAUUUGGGGUGGAUGAUGACAUACAAGUAAAAAGGCAUUUUAUUAAAAAAAAGCAACACUGACCAAAAGGACACUCAAUUGGGUUCCUAAUGGGAGCGGAGGGUUUUGUGAGCAGACGGCGAAUGUCAGCAGAGACCCCAGGCAGGGACGGCGGAGUCGCAGGAGCGUCAGCCGGUGCAGAAAUUCGAUGGCUCGGUGGUGGCAGAUUUUGGGGUAUUUCAGAGGGAAUUGUAGGAAGCAUAUCCCCUAUGAUUGGAGGGGAAUCGGACUUUAAGGCUGUUCAACUACACGGCCCUGUUGAGACUCGUGAAAUCCCCGAACCGGACUAUGAAGGUCUGCCUCAGGGUGCUUCCACUAGUACCUACAUGCUAGCUGGAGCUGUCGCCGGAAUCAUGGAACACUGUUUGAUGUUUCCAAUCGACUGUGUCAAGACGCGGAUGCAGAGCUUGCAGCCCGAGCCGGCGGCGCGCUAUCGUAACGUGAUGGAGGCACUGUGGCGCAUUGUGAGGACUGAGGGCUUCUGGCGGCCCAUGCGCGGUUUGAACGUUACUGCGGUGGGGGCAGGGCCAGCUCACGCCCUCUACUUUGCCUGCUACGAGAGGCUUAAAAAGACACUGAGUGAUGUCAUCCACGCAGGAGGCAACAGCCAUGUGGCCAACGGGGCGGCUGGGUGUGUGGCCACGUUGCUUCACGAUGCCGUCAUGAAUCCAGCUGAAGUGGUGAAGCAGAGGAUGCAGAUGUACAACUCCCCGUACCGCAGCGUUUUAGACUGUAUUGGCGCCAUCUGGCGCAAGGAGGGCGCUGGGGCCUUCUACCGCAGCUACACCACCCAGCUGACCAUGAACGUGCCCUUCCAGGCCCUGCACUUUAUGACCUACGAGUACCUGCAGGAGGCGCUCAACCCCCAGAGACAGUACAACCCAUCCUCCCACGUGGUUUCGGGGGCGCUGGCGGGGGCCAUCGCGGCGGCAGCCACCACCCCGCUGGACGUCUGCAAGACCCUCCUGAACACGCAGGAGUCCCUGGCGCUGCACUCGCUCAACUCCGGCGGGAGCAUCUCGGGCCUGGCCCAUGCCUUCCGGACGGUCUACAGGCUGGGCGGCCUGCCCGCCUACUUCAAGGGCGUCCAGGCGCGCAUCAUCUACCAGAUGCCCUCCACCGCCAUUAGCUGGUCGGUCUACGAGUUCUUCAAAUACGUCAUCACCAAGCACCAGCACGAGAAGAGGAGGCGGGAUUAGGAAUGGGGAGAAAUAGCUCCUCCCCUGACCGACACCUUAACCCCACCCUGCCCUGGGCGUCCCAGCUGCCACGGAGAGGCUGCUGUAUGGUAGCCGAGGCAACCAAGACGUUUUUCAGGACUGAAUACAAUAAUCCACUAAACGCACAAAGUCCUCAAAAUCCUUCCUUAUUACUCCUUAUCAGACAAAGUCGAUACGAGAGAGCUCUGUACAUGAUUUAGCAAACGAAGAAGCAUAAUUAUUACAAGGUAUAUUUAAUCGCAGUAUUUUUUUUAGAAUUUAGCUUGAGGCAUCAUCAGCCUCUGCACUUUUUUACUCCAAAGUCCACUGUAAAGAUUGUAGCAUUUCCCCUGUCUGCCACCCAGAGGCGCUGCGAUUCUCUCUGGCAGAUAGAAGCUCUCUAAGCGAAAUGUAGAAAUAAAGUGUGUCAGACCGCAAAUUGUUAGGGAACAGAUCACUUUCUGAGCUUUAACUUGAUGUUGUAGUGUGGCCACUUGAAGAUUCCUAGCUGCUAAGAUGCAUCAGGAGAAAGGUAUACACAUUGUUCUUGCCAUUUACAUUCUAAAUCAGGAAUUAUGUUGCACUUAAGAGGUUGAAUAUGCAUUUGUGAAUGAGUUUUUGAUUCCUCUUUUAAAAUUAAAUUGAACAUUUUUAUAUAAGUUAUUGACAUAUAACUUAAUUUAUUGGAUUGUUUGGAAUUCAGGUGUCAACGGUGCAGUAUAUUUCUUUUAUGGGAUUACACAAUAGCACUGAAUGGGACAGUAAGAAAAAUACAUUCAUUUUUAUGUAAUUAUACUACAUAUUUUCACCCCUCUGUAACAAAAAAAUCUGUUAACUGAAUAGCCAAACUAGGAGAAAGUGUUACACUGCGAUGCUGCACUGAAGUGACUUGUAAUCACAUGUAAUCAGGCAGGAAGGCUCUCUGACAGCAGUACUGACAGGUGACCUGUUGAGUCAAGUUGUAGCCACUGCUUUGUUGAGCUUGCAACGUUAGUAUUACAGAGGCAAUGCCUUACUGUACCUCUGCCCUUGCCUGACCACUGUACUAGCUGCAGAGAUGUGUGCUUCUCAAAGCUAGUUUUUUUUUCUUAAACAUUGUUCACAUAGGCAUAUUAAAAUUUAAUUGCGCUCAGUAUGCAAGAUAGAACUGAGAAAGGUAAAGGCGAACGUCAUCCAAACAAUCCAUUUUUGAUAGUAAAUUGAUCACAAGUAUAAUGAAGAAUAUGGCCAGUUUUAGCACGCUAAUCCUCUAGAUAUCCGUCUUAUGUGUGAUGCAUUUUUUUUUUUUUUAUCAUUGGAAAGCCUGGUGUAGCAGCCAUGCCAGUUUUCAGUGUAGCUGAGGCUUGUUUCUGUUGUAGGAACUGGAGUGAAAGGUAUCUAUAGAACCACAAUUUAACAUAUACAAUUUUUACAUUGCUACAGUGGAGGAAUUGGUCAAAUACAAUAACAUCAGAUUACGGUGCGUAUAUAUUAAGUAUCAAUGAGGAAAGUCAAAAUUUUCUACAAUUUAUUUUACUACAUUUUAAAUUUAUUCUCAGAAAUGGACCCCUUGGUUUAUCAGCAAUGGGGCUGAUGUGUGAAAUUUUAUUCACUGCAAAUGUUGGGGCAGAUGACGUGUAUGGCAGUACUGCUGUCAGACCAGACCAAAUAUAGCUUCUGUGGAUGUUCUGCUCAUCUGCCAGUGGAGGCAGUGUUAUAGCCUGGGAGCAUCAGGUUAUGAGGUUAGUAUCUUUGAGUGUGGAGGCUACUGUCAUUGUUUAUGUCAUCGUAAAUAUUUCAAAUAUGUCUGCGUUGUCCUGGGCUGAACCACCUUCUUGUUGAUUAUGAAUGGACUUGCUCAUAUUGAUUCUUGUCUGACUGCCCUUAAACCCUUGUCAGCUCUCAAUAAAGUGAGCAGUAAAUUUGUGAAAGCUGCUUGCUCAAUCUGGGA